AUGAAUCCUCAAUUUGAUUAGUAUGUUGGAUAAGUAUCAGUAGAUGGAACAUUAAAAGGUAAUUCAUAAGGACAGUAUCCUAUCGAUUCUGAUAAGCACGAUUGGUACUAUACUCCACUUGAUAGGUCGCUCUACCCUGAAUUUCAAGCAGGUUAAAAAUAAAAGGCAGAUAUUAGAUAGUGCGACUUUUCUUAUUUCUUCUUCCAUCCUUUAAGUAAUGCAGUUUAUCUUGUUACGGAGAAAAAAUCAUAAUACUAUGGAUAUGAAAGUGAAAUUUUUUGUAGUCAUCCAUCUUAAAAUAACUCAAUAUGGACAGGUAGAAAUUCUGCUGGAUCAAAAUGUAGAACAGCUCCAAAUAAUAAAUCAUUGUCAUGGUUCAGUCCCACAUGCCGUGGAUGUUCAUUAACUGACGUUGUUAAAGAUUAUAGAUUGGAUAAUUCCUAUGAAGAUACUAGGAUUGAUCUAGCUUAUUUCAAAAUAGGUUAAAUGCAAAUCUUUUUAAAAAGAUUUGCAGAUAAAAUAUUCAAUCCUAUGGAUGAGCUAUACCACAAAAUUCAACUAAUGAUCUCUAAACAUGAAGAAGCAGAACUUGAGAUGAAAAGAAUAUAAGAAGAAGAUCAGCAACUUAAUCCAGCUCUGAUCCAUUAAAAAUAAAUAAAUUCUCAAUAAGCAUCAGGAAAUGUAUUAUUUCGAAUCUUUAUGUUUAAUCAGGUAAAUAUUGAGUACAAGAAAACAUAACUUGAACUCAAUGAGCUUUUUGAUGCUGCAAAUUUAUUUAUCAAAACACUCAGAGUUGCAAAGCAAGCCUUAGUAUCUGGAGAUCAUAAUAAAGCUCUGUUAAAUUACAAUGAGAUUGCGAUGAGUCUGGGUCAUGAAUCUUCAAAGAAAGGAAUAUGCUACAAUAACAUCGGUUGCAUUCGCCUAAGUCUUAAAGACAAAAAGCCUAAAAUUUACUUCAAUUAGGCUCUAAUAAUGUAAUUAUAGAAAGUUGAAGCAAUGACUGAUAAAGAUAAUGCUGAUUAUAUUACUUAAAAAUUUAUCCUGGCUUGCCGAUAUUAUAACACAAGCGUUGCUUAUUAAAGGAGUUUUAAGGAAAGGUAUAAAGUGAUAAUCAGUAAUGAAGAGAAUUAAGGUUUAGAAAAACUUUAAUCAUUAAGAAUGGGAAUAGAGUAGAGUUUAAUGGAGUGUUAAGAACACUUUAAAUAUGCUGCUUUUGAAGGAAAAUUUCUUGAUUUUAUUACAUUUACAAUGAUACAAAAGCUAGAGUUUCUUUGCUAUUAAACAGAUAAGUAAAUCUUUAGAUCAAAGGUUGAUGAAUCAAGAACUUUUGAAAUUCUCUUCUAAGAGAUUAAAGCUAACAUGAAAAUACUCUAGCAAUAAUAAUAAUCACUUUUUUAAACUGAUCUGAAGCAAAAAGAAAAUGAAAGAAUGGGCUUAAAGGUAAUUGAAUAUUCAUAUCUCAAUUAAUAUUUCAUCUUCACUCUCGGUCUCUACUUUGAAUUAUUCUAAGCUAAUAUUGAAAAGGCUUGUGAAUUAUAUUCAUACUGCUUAAAAGUUGGGUACAAAUGUGAUAGUAACAUCACAAAGUAAUGCUUAAAACGAAUAAUCAAGAUCAAAGAAUAAGCGAAGAGUAUGAGUAAAAUAGGGGAUCCAAAACAAUAGCUAAGACUUUAACUCUCAAAAUACUAUAUAAGCAAUAAAUCUGUAAUGAUAAUUAUGAAUCUUUAAAAAUCUGGAGAACACUUAUCAGUCUAAAAGUAGAUUUUCGAAUUCUUUUCUAAGCUUAAGCAAUGCAUUGGAGUAAGCAAUAAGAUAGCAGAACCAAAUUUAAUAAAUUCUCUAUAAAAAGUACUUCAAGGGACCAACAAGAUGGAUAAUUGCGUUUGUGAAUAACAAUACAAAUGA